UUCCUCUUCUCUAUUCUUAGUCAACUUCAAUGGUCACGUGAUCUGUUGAACAGUCGGAGAUAUUACAGCUGACCUUUGAGUCAAGCAACUCUUCAGCGGGUGGCGCGUUGUGUCGGAGAGGUCUGAACUCAAACUGGUGCUUCCUCAGGAAAGAAAAUGCACUUCGGUUCAGAGGUGUUAGAUUCGGUCAUGUCUCUUAUAGAUUGUGGAUUUAUAUUCACACAACGUUGCUCGAGUGUGUAAGGGACCUGCCUACCGAGUGCUCGCUUGAGCGCGGAUGAAAUCUUUGAACAGGUGAGAGAGGACUUAAAAAGAGGAACGGGCUUAAAUGAGGAACUUCCCAUAUAUCUAGCUGUAAUUAUUAUCUUCUGGAGCAGAAAACGCCCCGAAUGGGGAUUUUGAAGAGGACAGUUUUUGGAUAUGUAAACGUCUUCAGCGCAUCAUAUAAACAAGGGAAGCCGAGGCUGGACAUAUAAACAUGUUUGACAGCGCGGGCAGCUGCGAGUCGUCACAAAGCGACGUCAUCAAAUCCGAAACUUCCUUGGAUUAUCAGAUGGGUGAAACCGAAGCGCUAUCACAUGGACCAAAACAUGAAUCUAAAAUCCAAACGAGCAACUCGAAUGAGUCCGAUUCUGGCUUUACAGCAGAACCGAGCCCAGAGGAACGCGCGACGACGGUUGGCGCGCGCGCGGUGUCGCUCCCACUCAGCGCUGCCGCGCGAAGGUCCAGAUUUCAGAGACAGCUGGAAGCUUCUGAACCAAAAACAUCAGCCGAGGUCCAGGAGAAAGGCUCCAUCACCCCUGCCAUGCGCAAAAAAUACCUGAAGGACUUGUUUUUGAACUAUAAUUCGCAUAGUGGCCUGUCAACAAUCCUAUCGCUCAAAAGCGCGAGCGAGGCGUCGAGGGACUGUGUGGACGCGACGUUGCAGGGCGCGGACGAGAGCAAUGCAUUCUGGGUACUGGACCCCACUGAACACGCAUGGAUGCUGGCGGUUGUGGACGGAAAUUAUGACACUAUAGCAGAGUUUCUCUUAGAGGACCCCAGUUUACUGACCAGGAAGGACUUCGUGAGUGGUUACACAGCUCUCCAUUGGUUAGCCAAGAAGGGGAAACACGAGACGUUAUUAAAGCUUCUAAAAGACGCCGAGAGGAAGGGGUACCCAGUCAACGUGAACUUAAAGGGCAGUGGAGGUCUUACACCUCUUCACAUCGCUGCUAUGCACAGCCAGUACAUGGUCAUAAAGAUCUUAGUUGGUGCAUUUAGUGCCAAUGUAGAUACCAUGGACUACAAUGGAAAAAGGGCAUGGCAAUAUCUAAAAGAAAAUGCACCACCAGAGAUGAAGGAGCUCCUUGGUGCAUGGGAUGAAGAAUACAGUAAUUGGCAACUAAAUUCUAAUAACAAUAAUGUAAAUUGUAGUGAAGGCGCUCCUAUAGGGGACUGCCAAAAGGACACAGAGCGCACAGACACCGUCAGUAGAAAUGGGCUAUGGCGCUUUGGUUCGUUUAGAAAGUUACUCGCCCCAUUUUUCUCUGGAGGUAAGAACUAAAGGACAUCAAAACUAGGCUGAUUAUGCCCCAAAUAUUACUUCCUGACAAUAUGCUUGUAUUCAUACAUUCAAGCAUAUACAUGUUUCAAUUCAAAAUUUUGUAAUUUUAUGCUUUUAUAUUCAACUGCUAAUUAAUGAGCAUAAAAGUGUCUUAAAUGUUCCAUUUGUGUAUAUUCAGCAUUCCCAGCAAUCAUGUUUAUGUAAAUUAAAGUACCAGUAAUGGCAUAGAACGUGCUUGAAGCUGGGUAAAAAUCAA